CCUCGCUACGCUAUUGGAUGUAGAUCGCCUAUAAUUAGUUUUCAGACGAUCAAAAUGUUCCAAUACAAUUUUCCACUUCCACUCCUUGACUAAACCACUGCAUUAGAAAAACGUUGUCAAAUGUAUCCUUACUUGAUACUCGCCAAUCUUACAUUCUUUUUUUUCUCUUCUUUCUUGGCCUCGUCUGAUCAUUGUUCAAACUCUUCAGGUGUAGUUGCUCAACACCAGACAUUUUUGUCAUCUCUUCUCGCAGUGCAAAGUAUCUGGCUGGCCCAUCUUCAUCGAAAUCUUUGACUUUGAACUCCAUUGCUGCACGGUAGUUUUCUAAACAGCUGAGUAGGUUCUCAAUCGUCGAUGACAUCCAACUGAAGAUCUUUCUUCUUUUGUUUUUGUCAGUCAUACCCUUGGUCACAUUUUCUGGCUCAAUUUUAGUGGAAACCAUUUUGAAAAAACUCAAAUAUCCUGGCAAAUAUCCCGUCUUGUCGGGAUGAUCUGAUUAUAUGGAAAACAAACACCUUAUGAGCAUCAGGAUCCUGCUUGCAAAGAUUAUCCCGUCUGAUAAAUAUCCCGUAAACUAUCCUGAUUGGAGCAGAGUCACUUAUGACAUGUGAUCUGUGAUAUGUCCAAUCAAAUAUCGAUCCUAUUUAUCACAAGCCAAAACGCAUGCAAAAGCCUCAAGCUCUCCAAUGCUGUCUCUCUACAUUAGAAGAAUUCCUUGAUGCAAACGCAAACGGCUUGACUGUGCCAUGAAAGUUCAGCGCCAAGCCCAACUACAGAUGCAUUUGUCGUUAAUGCUGUUGAUGUUGAUGUUGUUGAUGUAAUGGAUGUUGUUGAUGUUGUUGUUGAAGAUACACGCCUUUUCGCCUGCUCGUGAAAAUGUGGAAAAUAUUGCUUAUUCUGUUCAUAUUUACUGCAGAAACAUUGUUAUUCACAUCGUGUACUGAUAAGCACAUCAAACCCAUAUCCUCGAAAAAGAGAUCAAGAUGGCAUGGAUAAAAAUGGAUUUGAAAUCACCCACGAACUUAGGCCCGUAUGCCAUUUUGAGAGGUCAAGGUCAAAGUUCAACAGGACAAGGAUUAGCUACUAUAAUGGGAGUACAUCGUGUUAUCAGUUGGAGCGAAAGGUACAUGUGGGUGAAUUACUUUUCAUAUCCGGGGACAUUGAAAUGAACCCAGGGCCAGUAAGAGAGCCAUGCAAUAAUUGUAGAAAAACUGUCGCAAAGAACCAGCUUACAUGCGAAAGUUGUGAUAAACAUUACCAUAUAAAAUGCAGUGGCAUUACACCACGCCACUUCAAGGAGAUCAAACAAACAGCACAGGCUACUUGGACAUGUCCAGCUUGUCUCAACACGGCAAUCGAGCAAAACAUAAAAGGAAUAGACCCUUAAGAAAAUAUCGAUAGUACUAUCAAUGCCUGUGAAGAUCUGAGAGCAAAAUACAAGGUCCAGGAAUAAUGGUGGCACAUAUAAACGUUCGGAGUCUCGUAAGAAACAUCAACGAAGUCAAGCUGCUACUGCAACAUACAAACAUAGAUCUUUUAUCCUUAACAGAGACCAAUUUAACAGAUAGGAUCGAUGAUUGUGAACUUCAUAUCGAUGGGUAUGAAAUAGAAGCUAAACAGGGAGAAUUAUCACUAUGCUCACAGAAGAUGCUUAUUGGUACAAUUUAUAGGCCACCUGAUAGAGAAAAUUUCUAUACACUGUUUCCCCCAGUAUUAGAGCAAAUAUGGCAAACAAGGAAGAAUUUACUGAUCAUUGGAGAUCUGAACUCUGAUCUAACACCAUAUGGUAUGAAUGAUAAGGAAAGGAGAUUAAAAACAAUACUAAAUAAUUACAACCUUAAAAACAUGAUCAAAGAUCCCACAAGUGUAACUGAGACAACAAAGACUGUAUUAGAUCUUGUUAUAGUUAAUGACGCAUCCAAGUUGGUAACUAGUGGUGUCCAGGACAUCUGCAUAGCAGAUCAUAAAUUGGUCUAUGUAAAGUACACCCUAAAGAGAAGUAAAGCAAAACCAAAGAUUAUCACCGUCAAAAAUUACAAACUUUUAGAUGAAGAAGCAUUCAAGAAUGAUAUAGAGAAUGCUCCUUGGUGGGUAUGCUCAACAUUUGAUGAUAUAGAUGAUAUGACAUGGUGCUGGUCAAAAAUGUAUGAGAAUGUAGUUGAGGACCACAUCAAGAGAAGAAAAGCGAAUAUCAGGUCUGACUCCUUACCCUGGAUUGAAAGCAAGAUCAGAAAGAUGAUGAAUUAUAGAUACAAACUUUUAAGAAAAUGCGAUGGAACACCAAAGACGUCAAACGAAUGGAACCAAUAUCGAAGGGCAAAAAAUGAAGUAAGGAAACUCCUAAGGAAGGCUGAAGCCAGAUAUUGGAGAGAGCAGUUUAGUGAAGUAACUUGCAAGCAAGAUUUCUGGAAGAUUUAUAGCAAAGUAACCAAUAAGACCAAAAGAGCGAAAAUAGGCCAAUUAAAAUCGAAAGAGGGGGAGCUAAUUUUUGGCGAAAAAGAGAAACCUGAAGUUAUGAGCGAUUUCUACGCAAAUAUUGGCAGGGAGAUAUCACAAACAUUCACACAAAAUAAUGGCAAAGAAAUUGAACAUGUAUAUAGAAUAACUCCCACAAUACAAGAUCCAAGCUACGACAGAAAUGUUCUCUUGAAGCAGUUAAGGAAAAUAAGUCCGCAUAAAGCGUCAGGGCCUGAUUCAGUUACCUGCAGAGAACUGAAAAUACUUCAAGGUAGCAUUGUAAACAGCCUGGAGAUUAUUUUCAAAUCAAGUUUCCAGCAGAAUGUAUUUCCAAGAUGCUGGAAGAUAACAUGGAUUAAAUCUUCUUUCAAGAAAAGGAAAGAAACAAGAGAGAACAAAUUACAGGCCUCUCUCAAUGCUGUCCAUCCCAUCUAA